CGGAAACGCCGCUACAGAGACUGUGACACAGACGAAAAGAUCACUUGUGGUUGGAUACGAGACUCCUGUUGUCGGGAGUGUGUGAGUGAUGUCCUGUCCCGUCCACUGAGGGGUGUCCCUGACGCCCAGUUUUGUCACGUGAGUCUUCACCCUGCGUUAACCGGCCCGUCGGUGUGAGCAGUAGACCGCCCUCAGAAUAACUCAGCCUCAGCUAUAUGUGGCCUCGGUUAAUCCUUAAAGACGAGCGCUGCUGAUGUCCCCGGCUACUCAUCAUCAGUGAAAGUCCUGCACUGAGAGGAACAUGCAGAUCCUGAACACACACCUGACGCCUCCACCGUAAAGACGUCUUCAAUCCUCUGCAGACUCUCCGUGAUGCGUCCACUAAAGCUCCACCUCUUCACCAGUGAGUGAGCCAGAACCCGAACACCAUGAGCCUUGACACCGGCCUCAGGGCCGAGCCGGACUCGGAGCACCACGGCGAGCUAGAGGACAGGGUGGCGGCCAUGAACGUUGCCUCCAACCGCCUGACGCCGCCUAACGGCUACAGGACGGGCCCUCCGAGGUCCACGGCCGCCCAGAGAGGCCGACUCUCGGACAGGAAGAUGUCUCUGCAGGAGAGGGGAAGCCGCAUAGCCCGGCAGCCGACCAUCGAGACCAAACGCGUGUCCAUCACAGACGCUGAGGACUGUGUCCAGCUCAACCAGUACAAACUCAAGAACGAGAUCGGGAAGGGUUCAUACGGAGUGGUAAAAUUAGCCUAUGAUGAGGACUCUGAGCAGUACUACGCCAUGAAAGUAGUUUCAAAGAAGAGGCUGAUGAAGCAGGGCGGAUUUUUGCGCCGCCUGACUCCCUCAGGAUCAAACUCGGAUCCGUUCCCUAAAGCCAUGCUGCCUCUGGAGAGAGUCUACAAGGAGAUCGCCAUCCUGAAGAAACUGGACCAUCCCAAUGUUGUUAAACUGGUGGAGGUGCUGGAUGAUCCUCAGGAAGAUGGACUUCACAUGGCUUUCGAACUGGUGCCUAAAGGGCCCGUGAUGGAGGUGCCUUCAGACGAGCCUUUCGCAGAGGAGCGGGCUCGCUUUUACUUCAGAGACAUCAUCCUGGGAAUAGAGUACUUGCACUACCAUAAGAUCAUCCACAGAGACAUCAAACCAUCCAACCUGCUGCUGGGGGACGAUGGCCACGUCAAGAUCGCAGACUUCGGAGUGAGCAACGAGUUUGAGGGGACGGACGCCCUCCUGUCCGGCUCGGCGGGGACGCCGGCCUUCAUGGCCCCUGAGACGAUGACCGAACACGAGCAGAGCUUCAGUGGAAAGGCAUUAGACGUGUGGGCGAUGGGAGUCACACUCUACUGUUUUGUCUUUGGGAUGUGUCCUUUUUAUGAUGAGUACAUCGUUUCACUGCACAACAAGAUCAAGAACAAAGCUGUGGAGUUUCCAGAGAAGCCGUCGAUAAGUAACGAACUGAAGGAGCUCAUUGAAAUGAUGCUGGAUAAAAGCCCUGAAACCAGAAUCACCAUCCCUGAAAUUAAGUUCCAUCCGUGGGUGACGGAGAACGGCUCAAAUCCUCUCCCACUGGAGGAGGAGCACUGCACAGCGGUGGAGGUCACUGAGGAGGAGGUGAAGAACAGCGUCAAACUCAUCCCGAGCCUUUCUGCUGUGAUUCUGGUAAAGUCCAUGCUGAGGAAGCGAUCUUUCAGUAAUCCCUUUGAGGGUCAUACCCGACGGGCGGAGAGGUCCAUGUCUGCCCCUGGAGGUCUUCUUACUGGUGCUUGGGGCUUAUUGGGGUCUUCACCUCUGCUUCAUCCUUCCUUGAGGAAAAUCAGCAAAGAUGGAAGCAGAGACGGAGAGUUGGAGGACUUGUAUGAAGAUGAUGCAUUUGCAGAGUAUACAGAUUAAAACACACUAUGCAGACAGAUUUUAAAAAAUGCAGACCCUUUUGCAGAAAAUGACUGUAUGUUUUUGUAUCUUGUGUCUUUUUCCUGUCCUAAUUUUGCUUUUUCUUCAUGCAUGUUGUGCUCACUUUAGUGCAGGAUUGUCAGGACAAUUAUGUGAUAUUAGACAUUAAAAAUAUUGAUUUAUAGUCCAUCAAAUACAUCAAUUGAUCAUCACAGGUCAUAUUAUAAUUUAUUCUGUCCACUGUACUUUAUUUAAUCGGCAUGAUUGACGGGAAGCAUUGUUAAUGAAUAAUAUGAUUUAUUUACUUAAAAAUGUAAAUAUGCUCCAUAAAAAAGAUAUUUUUGCAUUUUCCUACAGCUGUUGAAGAUAAUAAAAGUUAUGUUUUAAAAAAAAAA